AUGGCAGCGGGUGGUUUGGAAGAGCUCGACUACUAUCACGGCUUACUGCCCAGAGAAGACUUGCCGGUGCUGCUCAGCAAGGAGGGCGACUAUCUGUUGCGAUGUUCGCAAGUCAAGGCGGGCGAGGAUCGCCGCACAAUCCUUUCGAUGGCUUACUCGGUUGAUGGGAAAAUUAAGCAAGGCCACUACAUCAUCACACAAGAAAGGGAGCCCCCGAAUCACUACACGAUCGACAAGACCCUCUCAAAGCCCACCGUCGAUCUCCUUGUCCAAGAGUACAAGACGCGACGAGUGCCACUCAAGAAAGAGGUGCCGAGCACCGUGCUCCAGAAUGCCGUUACUCGUCCGUCAUGGGAGCUUCGUGCCGACUUUGUGCACACUGGCAAGAAAUUGGGUGAUGGCGAAUUCGGCGAUGUACAUCAGGGCAAGCUGAAGCAGCUGAUGGGCCCUGGAUUGCCGUCCAAGGAAAUCGAUGUGGCCAUCAAAGUGGCACGGAAGGACAUUAUUUCCAAGGAAAAGAUCAAAGAAGUGAUGAAAGAGGCUCGUCUCAUGCGCGACUUUGACCACCCCAACGUCGUGAAGAUCUACGGAGUGGUGGUGGAACGAGACCCGCUGAUGAUCGUCAUGGAGCUAGUUGACGGAGGCGGUCUCGACAAAUACCUUCGAACGAACGCGGCACGGAUAACGCCAGCUGAGCGGUUGUGUAUCAUCCAGGACGCCGCCUGGGGCAUUGAAUACCUUCACCACAAGCGCAUCAUUCACCGAGAUUUGGCGGCUCGCAAUUGCUUGAUAGUCAACGACCAUGGCCGAAAUUUGGUGAAAAUCUCGGACUUUGGGCUCUCGCGUGAAGGCGAUGCGUAUGCAAUGAAGACGGUACGCAAGGUACCGAUCCGCUGGCUCGCCCCCGAGACGAUCCAAACGUUCAUCUACACGGCGAAAAGUGACGUUUGGGCUUACGGAAUUCUUGCCUGGGAAGUGUACACGAGCGGUGAAGAGCCGUAUGCUGGCCUCCCCAACGCGCACAUCAAGCAGAAGAUCGUGGCCGGCGAGCUGCUUGAACUCCCGGCCAGCGCCGGCGCCGACGUGAUCAAAUUGAUCAAGGUCCAGUGCUGGGAGAAGGACCCAGUGCGCCGAAUUUCGAUGAGCCAGGUGGCGUGCAAGCUGGAAGCGAUGAACGGCCGCACCCCACCGCCCGUACAAGAAAGUUCGGUGCGCAAAGGGGUCCAUGCGGCUCCGGCUGAGCCUCCUCGAAAGCUCCCAACCGCGAGGCGCACCAAAUCGCGGACCCGGGAAGAGCCGAGCAGACAGAUGACAUCCGGUCGCAUCCCGCAGAACAAGCGCGCACGUGGCCCU